CUUCUUACUAUCGCUAAAUUAAAAUAAAAACCAGUCAAACUGACAGUUGGCAUCAAACCAUCCACAAUUAAAAAACAUGCCGCAAUAAUUUUAUCUAAAUGAAACGAAAACGCUAAAACCGAUGUAAUCUAAAUAAAAACAACUGCAUUCUAUGGUGACUCCAAUGAAGUGUCAACGUAUGUUGGAAUAUCGAAGUUGUGGUACCCUUAAACAUUAUAAAGUGAGCCGUCCAUCUGGUAGAAAUGGGCAUAGUCAACAGUAGCAUGUCCAAGAAAAAAAUUGAUGAAGCCACUAGCAAUACUGGUUUGUCCAGCCUGCGAUAUGUGAUCACAGAGAAGCCGAAAUGGAAAGUUUUCAAAAAACGGGAGGCUGUACCCUUAUACCAAUCAUCGGUACGUCCAAUCAAAGGUUGUCCUUGUGGUAACACCGGACCUUGCAAGCAGAAGAUCACGCCACGCGGAGUCACCAUACACUAUCCUCAGAAGUGCGAUUUAAAAUACCAUCUAAAAAAGAAAUUCAACACGUUCAGCACAAAAUCAAGACGGUUUCUUUCGCCGAAAACGGAAAAGACAUAUUAUAACACGAACGCAAGGACCUUGCCAAAAGUGAAAAUUGUGCGUCCAAGGAAAUUUCCGACAUGGAGAAUGGAUAAAAUAUACUAUAAACCAUAUUACAGGUGAUGAAAAACUGGAAAUACAUCAGAAUACAUGGCCUGAACAACGGGAGUCCCGUGAUGAUUAGGCCAAGGCCGUACUGAAUGCCUCCUUCGGAUUAGGUGAAGUCUAUAUUGAGAUAAUGUUAAUAAAUUUUAUUAUCGAUCGUGUU